AUGACUGUCAGGGUGAAAGACGGGCGCUGUACGGUGAGGGGCAAGGUCGUUUUGUCCCAUGUCCCCGGAAACAUCGUUGUUUCUCCGGUUGGAACAGAGUCCGCUUUCUUGGGUGCAACUUCAACCGUUUCAAGUUCUCGUCAUGUUUUCGAUCUUGGCGUUCUUCAGGGAUAUAGGUUGCUAUCUUUGUUCAGAUUCAAAAUCUGGUGGAUGAUACCACGUUUUGGGAGAUCUGCCAGUGAUGUUCCAGUGGAAACUCAAUUGCUGCUCCUGGAAGCCAAAGAAGAAUCUGCGCUUGAGGAUGAGCUUUCUUCUGACUGUGAAGAGGCAGCUACAGAUAACACUUGCUACAUUCUCUUCUUGCCUGUUUUGGAUGGACAGUUUCGCGCAACUUUGCAAGGAACUCAGUCUAACACGCUCCAGUUUUGCAUUGAAAGUGGAGAUGCCCAUGUUCAAACUUCCCAAUCACUAGAAGCAGUAUUUGUAAAUUCAGGGGACAAUCCAUUUGAGUUAAUCAGGGAUUCUAUCCAGAUAUUGGAGAAACACAAAGGGACUUUCUGUCAUCUUGAAAACAAGAGGAUUCCUGUACAUCUUGACUGGUUUGGAUGGUGCACUUGGGAUGCUUUUUACACUGAAGUGAGUCCACAAGGAAUAAAAGAGGGCCUUCAAAGUUUCUCAAAUGGAGGUUGUUCGCCAAAGUUUGUCAUUAUUGAUGAUGGAUGGCAAGAGAUCCUCAACACAUUUCACAAAGAAGGCGAACCAGUGAUCGAGGGAACCCAGUUUGCAACCAGACUAACAGACAUCAAAGAAAACAAAAAGUUCAUCAAUGUGGGCUCUGAGAAUUCGUGCAGAAAUCUCCACGACUUUGUUCACUCUAUCAAAAAUACUAUGAACGUAAAAUACGUUUACAUGUGGCAUGCUUUAGCUGGUUACUGGGGAGGUGUACUCCCAUCAUCAGAUACAAUGAAGAAGUAUAAUCCAAAGCUUGCAUAUCCAAUUCAGUCACCUGGUGCCACUGGGAACCUUAGAGAUAUAGCCAUGGACAGCUUGGAAAAAUAUGGAGUGGGAAUCAUUGACCCAGAAAAUGUAGAUGACUUCUACAAUGACUACCACAGUUACCUUGCCAGCUGUGGUGUGGAUGGAGUCAAAGUAGAUGUUCAAAAUUUGACAGAAACUUUAGGUUCUGGGUACGGUGGUCGUGUUUCAUUGACCAAACGGUAUCAGGAAGCAUUAGAGCAUUCUGUAACAAGGAACUUCAAGGACAACAACCUCAUUUGUUGCAUGUCUCACAACUCUGAUUCAAUUUACAGUUCAAAGAAAAGUGCAACAGCAAGAGCAUCUGAGGAUUUCAUGCCAAGAGAACCAACAUUUCAAACCUUACUCAUUGCCUCUGUCGUGUUUAACAGUCUUCUUCUGGGAGAGAUAUUUGUGCCAGACUGGGACAUGUUCCAUAGCAAGCACGAGACAGCGGAGUUUCAUGCUGCAGCAAGAGCAAUAGGCGGUUGUGCAAUAUAUGUAAGUGACAAACCUGGCAAUCAUGAUUUUAAAAUCCUCAAGAAGCUAGUUCAACCAAAUGGAUCAGUCUUGAGAGCAAGAUUUGCUGGUCGUCCUACUCGAGAUUGUUUAUUUGAAGACCCCGUGAUGGAUGGUAAAAGUUUGCUGAAAAUUUGGAAUUUGAAUGCACUCACCGGGGUGGUAGGCAUCUUCAAUUGCCAAGGAGCAGGAAGCUGGCCACUGAAAUCAUUGGAACCUGCACCCUUGCGCAUAACCAUUUCAGGGAAAGUGAGACCCCUUGAUGUUGAAUUUCUUGGAGAGGUUGCUGGAGAAAAUUGGAAUGGAAAUUGCAUAGUAUAUGCCUUCAAUGCAGGCUUGCUUUCCAUGGUAUCUCUUAGAGGAAAACUUGAAGUUUCCCUGGAGACACUCCAAUGUGAAAUAUAUACAGUCUCUCCGAUAAGGGUGUUUGGUCAUGGUGUGCACUUUGCACCAAUAGGAUUGCUUGACAUGUACAACUCGGGAGGAGCAGUAGAAGCCUUGGACUGCACCAUGGAUGUUGCACAGUGCAUCAUAAAAAUCAAAGGCAGAGGAUGUGGCCGUUUUGGAGCCUACUCCAACGCUAGACCAAAGCGUUGUGUCGUGGACAUGAAGGAGGAGGAGUUCUCCUACAACCCUGACUAUGGAUUUUUGACGUUUAAACUUGAUGGUGAAGGCAACUCAAGGGAUAUAGAAUUUGUAUACUCAGGUGACUCGAUAAAGUCAAAGUGA